CAUCAGUCCACUUUUCGCCGGAAACUUUGUCGCUGGAAUUUACAGCGCAACCCCGCCAAUAUGUCUUUAACAAAUUGCCGAUUCUACGAGGACAAGUUCCCUGAGGUGGACAGCUAUGUCAUGGUCAAUGUCAAGCAGAUCGCCGAGAUGGGCGCUUACGUGAAGCUGCUUGAAUACGACAACAUUGACGGCAUGAUUCUGCUCUCCGAACUUUCGCGCAGACGUAUUCGCUCCAUUCAGAAGCUCAUUCGUAUCGGGCGCAACGAGGUCGUCAUUGUGCUCCGUGUCGACAAGGAGAAGGGCAUGCAGUCCCCGUCUAAGACAUGGAGGAGAUCUGGUUAUAUCGAUCUGUCGAAGCGUCGUGUCUCCCCCGAGGAUGUUCUCAAGUGUGAGGAGCGGUACAACAAGAGCAAGGCCGUCCACUCGAUCAUGCGCCACGUCGCUGAGGCGACCCAGACCCCCCUCGAGACCCUCUACCAACAGAUCGCCUGGCCCUUGGACCGGAAGUUCGGCCACUCCCACGAUGCAUUCAAGCUCGCCAUUACCAACCCCGAUGUCUGGAACGAUGUCGAGUUCCCCUCUGAGCCUGUGAAGAAGGAGCUCCAGGAUUACAUCGGCAAGAAGCUUACCCCCCACCCCACUAAGGUCCGUGCCGAUGUUGAAGUUACUUGCUUCGGCUAUGACGGAAUCGACGCCGUCAAGGAGGCCCUCCGUACCGCCGAGGCCGACAACACCCCCGAGAACCAGAUCAAGGUCAAGCUUGUGGCCCCUCCUCUGUACGUCCUGUCCAGCCAGUGCGUGGAUAAGGCCCAUGGUAUCAAGAUGCUGGAGGCCGCGAUUGAGAAGAUCGCUGCCAAUAUCAAGAAAGCCAACGGCAACUGCACCGUGAAGAUGGCACCCAAGGCCGUCACCGAGCACGAUGACGCCGUCCUCGCUGAGCUCAUGGAGAAGCGCGAGCGUGAGAACCAGCAGGUCAGCGGAGACGAGGACGAUUCGGAGAGCGACGCCGAUGUUCCUGAGUAA